AUGUUUUGCCAUCGCACAAGAAUCUGGCGAUGAAGUCGCUAGCAUGAAUGCAUACAUGAAAUUAGGGCUUGCUCACUUGAAAAAAAAAAGAAUAUGAUGAUGCUAUAUCAUACAGUACAAAACGUCUUACCAUCGCAAAAAAAACUGGUGAUAAAGAGAAUGAGAUGAAUGCGUACAUGAUGUUAGGAAAUGCUCACUUGUACAAAAAAGAAUAUGAUAAUGCUAUAUCAUACAGUACAAAAUUUCUUGCCAUCGCAAAAGAAUCUGGUGAUAAAGUGGUUGAGAUGAAUGCUUACUUGAUGUUAGGAAAUGCUCACUUGAAGAACGAAGAAUAUGAUGAUGCUCACCGUUUCUUUGCAGAAGGCACGACAAUAGCUAGACAACUAGAGGACAACCUUGACGUCUCCUAUUUUGAAUUACGUCUAAAUGGGAUUUAUGAAAUGGUUGGCACGUCUGAAAGAUAUAGUGGAUUAUUACCAGUAGGGUCAUUCCUGAAAGAGUUUCCAGAUGAUGUUCCGGAUAUCGAGCGUUUUGCCAAUUCGUUUUAUCGCUACGUGUAUUAUAAUGCAAACAAUGAAUACGAGGAAGCUAUUUCAUGUCUUGAGACUUGUAUGGCGCUCGGAGAGAACAGUAUCAAUAAAGAUGAUUAUCUUGAACUAUUAUGGAAUUGUAAGCAUGACAUCUCAGAGUUGCAUGUGUUACUUGGGGACUACGAUAAGGGUAUACAGUAUCAACAAGAAGCACUUCAUGAUGCACGCAAAGAGGGCUCAAAUUCCAAACAGGCAAAGUCCCAUUUGAGCUUAGGAGAAAUCUAUUAUAAACUUAAACAGUUUGUGAAUGCAGAGGAGUCAUUCAAAGAAUCGUUAAGGUGCUAUGAAUUAAUAUUUAUUGGUCUUAAGCAAAACGAUCGAUUCAAAAUAGCUUUCGUUGAUCAACACAAAGAGACUUUCAAGCUGCUUCUGAAGGUUCUUAUUGAAACAAAUAAGAAAGAAGAAGCUCUGCUAUUGUCUGACCACUAUCGUGCAAAAGCCCUGAAAGAUCUCCUUGUUUCAAGCUAUGGAAUGAAGAAAGAACAAACUGCUGAUGAGGGUUUACAGUACGUCGAUGUCCAGUCUCUUGUCUCCAGCAGUAACUACACUCUUCUGUUUUAUUCAACGUGUUUUGAAGAUUUGUACACGUUUGUAGUAGAGGCAGGAAAAGAGCUUGGAUUUUUAGUCCAGCAUAUUGAAUACUGUGACUCAUGCCUAGACAAGCUUGUUGAUAAAACAUUCGACUAUAUGAAAGUGCGUGAAGUAAUCAAUUGUGAGGACAGAUCAAUAGACGUCAUGGACGACUAUGAAGAAAACAAGAAUCCCAAAGAAGAUGAAUUAACGCAGCUGUUGAUUCAACAAAGAGAAAAAGGAUUAUUAGAACAAUGCCGUUCUAUUUGUAAAUUCAGAGGAAACCCAUCAGAAAACAGCGAUAAGAGCAGCCUGACCAGUGGCCUGGAAAUAUUCAAUCAAAAGUUAAUAAACAACAUCAAGCAUUUGAUUAAACAAGACGAAAUGGUCAUUAUUCCUGAGGGUCCCUUGUGCAGAUUACCAUUUGCUGCCCUACGGGACCCAGACAAGGGACAAUAUUUGUGUGAAAGAAUGCGGAUUAGAAUGGCUCCUUCGAUGGCAUCUUUGAAGCUUCUCCAAGAAUAUCCAGUGGAGCAUCACUCCAGAAAAGAAGCACUGAUCAUUGGCGCUAACGUUGUUGAUCCAGUCAUGUUGGAUGGAGUUGAAAAAGUAUUUGACUUUUUAGAUGGUGUAAUAGAAGAGGCAGAUGAAAUAGCUAAAAUGCUUGGAGUUCAGCCGCUAUUGUCAGCUAACGCUACGAAACCCGUUGUCAUAAAGAGACUACAAGAAGGAGUGUCUGUUGUUCACAUUGCUGCGCACGGUAGCCUGGAAAAGGCCACCAUCGUACUUGCUCCUUCUCCUGAGAUAAGAGAAACAAAGAUCCCAGAAGAAGAGGAUUACAUGCUGACCAUGGCUGAUGUACAGCAGACUCAAGUGCGUGCACAGUUAGUUGUGUUAAGCUGCUGUCACAGUGGACGUGGUGAGAUUAAAGCUGAAGGUGUAGUUGGCAUAUGUCGAGCCUUUCUUGCGUCAGGUGUUCGUGCUGUGGUGGGUACCCUGUGGGCCAUCGAUGACAAAGCUACUUUGAUGUUUAUGAAAAAGUUUUACGAGUAUCUGAAGGACGGCAAGAGCGCAAGCACCAGCAUAAAUCUGACGAUGAACGACAUGAGAAAAACGCCACAAUACAGUGAACCAAAGUAUUGGGCUCCUUUCUUUUUGAUGGGCGAUGAUGUGACGAUCAAGUUCAAAUGAUUAGCACAGUAAAGAUGAGAUUGAAACAUCUUACGAUAAACAACAUGAGAAGAACGCCACUAUACAUUGAAGCAAAGUAUUGGGCUCCUUUCUUUUUGAUGGGUGAUGAUGUGACAAUCCAGUUCUAAGAUUAGCACAGUAAAGAUGAGAUUUUUUGAGGAAAGUUUACUUUGGACAUUAUUUCCAUAAACAGUGAUUAAAAUAUAACAAUUAUCAAGUUUAAAGAUUCAAAGGACUAACAGUAUGUAUUCACUUUAGUGCAAAACCUGUUUUAGUUGGGAGAAGCGUAGAUCAAGAACACGACAACGAGGUCAGUGAGGCAAAGAAAAUAUAAUGUUCAAGUUUCUUGCUUUAGUAUCAUUUUCUUAGUUUUCGUGUUAUCAACAGUACCUCACAGCUAAAAGGGUUUUGCUACUGUAUAUAUGAAAUAUUUAGUGUGUGUUAAGUUAGAACUAUAUAAAGCACCUAGCCUAGGACACCGCGUACCUUGAUAACAAGAGUUAACUCUAUUGAUGGGGUCACCUUAGUCAUGUAACCAAUAUUGAAUGACAUGUGACUGUGAAGGUGAAAGGGAAAGAGACCCUAAACUCUUUUAAGGACCUAACCUGCCCGCGACACCCUGAUAACAAGAGAUAAUUGUAUUGAUGGGUACCUUCAUGUAACCAAUAUUGAAUGACAUGUGACUGUGAAGGUGUGAGGUGUCAGUUGUAGAGUACCUGAACUAGCUCAUGGUAUGUUGGUAGAACAUUGUUAAUCAGCUUUACUGUCUCGUUUUAAACUUUUCAUUAUUAAUAAGGUUUGAAUAAUGAUUUAGGAUUGGAUUUUGACAAUGUACGUCAGUCAAUUUUCUAGCAAGCAUUGAAUGCUUAUCUCAAUUAGUUCAAGUCGGGGGGAAUCUUAACUAUUAAUGAGAAAAGUUGGUUCAUUGAACUAAUCUAAUUUAGUCUAGGGGAGAAUGUAGGGAUUCACUGUUUGGGUGGAGAGUAACAAUGUUGCCAGUUUAAUGAAGUUCUCAAGCCCUAUUGUUCCAUUCAAAAAUAUUGUUUUUUUCUGUACAUAGAUACAACUAUAUUAUUGAUUCUUUCCGUUCGUCGAAACGAUUUUUAUUAGCAUUGCAAAAUCGUUGGAUUGUGGUCCAGCUUGGGUGCACAAAUCUUUAACUCACCUUGAAUUACAAUGCGUUACUCGUACCCAAGCCAGACAAGAAUGAUUAUGUUUGGACUUCAGGAGAAAAUAAUUCUUCAAUAACUUCAUUUGUAGCUGAGUAACUUUCAGUUGACCCUCCAAAGUUCAAAGGAAGACUGGUAACGAACUAGUCGUGCAUAGUAUUGUGGGAAUAAAUGUGGGGGCGAAAAGUUCCGCCAUCUUACGUCCCCCAUUUAGCCCCAUAAUCCUUUUCACUUUAAGAAGGUUACAAGUCUUUCUUCAAUUUUCAGAAAAGUGAGGUCAACUGACCGUAUUACUCGUAGAAUAAAAUACAAACAAGUUUUUUCUUUGUAUAAUACAUGUCAUCACGCAAAGAUACACAAAUCUGAUGAUGAAAUGUUUUGCCCGUGAACCUCCUAAAUAGAGGUACCACUAUAUUCUGAGGCCGUAAAUCACGUCUGCAAUAUUAGUUGCCGUUCUACUCAUCAAAUCUACUCUGUUGACUGUUGAUGUUUUGGGUCAAAAUAAGUAGACAGUUCUUGAAACAUCCUCGACGCUCUCCUUUUUUGUCAUAAAUACUGAGCCCGUUCAGUCAGUUAAUGAAUGAAAACCCUAGUCAAAUAGAAAUUGUCAUCGGGUUCGUUUACAUUGCGGUGGCGCUUCACAAUACAACAUAAAUUAAAAAGUUUUGAAUUUCUACAGGAAACAAGAAUAAAGUCUCUCUCGGUAUUAACAGGUAUUAAUGAUGGCACGUACGAGUUAUUUCUAAUCAUGUCGUAAACUAAUGAACAUCAUUUCAUAGCUUUCUACAAUACAACACUAGAGGAACAAAGCCAACGAGGUCCGUAGCACAAGACGCAAAGUAGGUUUUAUUUAGUUUCUGUCAAUAUAACGCUGUGUUCAUUGAUUACUGACUCAAUUAUACAGGGUUAGCCUCAUUAUUGUGAACAAAUAUCGAGAAACACCAACGGUAAAGUAAAGAAUGCACAACUUGAGCAUCACAACACAUUAAAAUUCCACGGAUCUUGACUGGAACACAUGAAUAUUCAAAAUAAUUCCAUACGAAAUCGAGUUUAACCCUGUACAAUGAAGUAUUCGAAACUGGAGUAUUUAGCACGUUGGGUUUUGAGGAGAAAAGAAAGAAACCUGUAGAACCAGGAGAGAAAUCUCUCAAGUCAGGGCACGGCUAACUUAAGAUCAAGUGGAACUUAGCAUUUUAGAUUUUAUAUAUGGAGCGAGGAAACUAGAGAACCUAUAGAAGAAUACUCGAAUCAACGGAGAGACCGAACAAUCUCUUCUUGCAUGUGAUGACGAGUCCACGCCGAAUCAAACCAAAGGUGAGAGGAGAGUGUACUACAGCUAAGCAGGGCUCGAAAUAGAAACAUUUUUUAUUUAGCCUGCCAUAGUAAAGUAGAAUGGUAAUUGGAGGUCAUUCGAGGAAAUUUUGCAUGCUAUUUUAUUAUUUAUUUGGCAGUGCAUCCUUAUUGUCGCUGAGCAAACUUGAAAUUUGGCCUAUCAUUUUGCCAUUGGCAGGCCGCUAUUUCGAGCCCUGCUAAGCCAUCUUUAGUUCUAUAUUUAACACAACUACAACUCAAAACAAUGUUACCCACCUCAAUGCUUGUACUUUAGCCUGUGUUAUCGUCUUCCUGUCGUCAUUUUUUCUUUUAAGGUUAUCUAUCCUGUCCGCUGCUCCGACUAGCUCUUGUUUUAACGUCUCAUUUUCUUGUAAAGCUUCGUUUAUUCGCUUUGAUAAACUCUUGGAUUCAGAUUCGCUUUGUUUUUGCUGAAAAAUAAACAAGUCUUAAUACUUGGAAAUCAUAAUAUCAGUGCUUUAAAGUAGCCUUAACCAAAUGUUCUCAAUGUCAUUCGAUCUGAUAAACUCUUGAAUUGAGAAUCGCUUUGUUUUUGCUUGAAAUUAAACAAGUCUUAAUACUUAAUCUUAUAAUAACUAUUAAAAUGCAUCAUUAAGAAAAAAGUACAACUUCACCGACGACCACAACUACAAAUUUGUCGUACUUUUCAUGGGUACAAAUGUAAUGUGAAUCAUAUGUAAAUAAUUUCAGCACAGAAGAAAAUAUGCCAAAAAAACCUUACAGAUAAAGUUUGGGAAAAUCCCUAGAGUCCAUAUGGUUGUUAUCUUUCACAGAUCGCAUUCAAAUCACUAGUGCAUGCGCGCAUGUAUUUCAGAAUUGAUAUGUUAAGGUGCUUGGGUACAGUUUAUAGCCGACCGCAAUCUCGUACCCAGAGCCCUUAUUUCUUACUGCGCAUGCUCGACGAAAUAAUUG